UGGCAGUGGCUGGGGCUGUGGCAGUCGAGUUCAGUCAGCAUGUCGCAACAGAAGCCAAAACAACCAAGCAGUUUCGACACACCCUCCGGCAGCCGAUGGCGACUCCAGCCGAGGCACAGGAAUCGAGUGGCCGCCUUUUUUGGGGAGCUGGUGGGCACAGCCAUGUUCGUCCUCAUCGGCUGCAUGGGCUGUGUCCAUACGCCGCUUUUCACCAACUCGUUCUUCCAGAGCGGCCUCACCUUCGGCCUGGCCCUCCUCAUAGCCGUCCAGUGCUACGGCUCUGUGUCCGGGGCCCACCUGAAUCCAGCCAUCACCUUGGCUGCCACCCUCUACGGCGUGCUCCACUGGGGCAUGGCCAUUGCCUAUUUUGUGGCCCAAGUGGCGGGCGCUUUCAUCGGCUUCGGCUUGCUGGUGGCCGUCCUCCCCUUUAACGCGAUCAAGGGCGUGGACAACCCGGCAGGUGUUUGUGUCACACUCCUCUCCAGCGACAUCUCCGUGCUGCAGGGUGUGUUUAUUGAGUUUUUGCUCACCUGUUGCCUGGUGAUGGUUGCCUGCUCGGUGUGGGAUCCCCGCAACACCACGCUCAAGGACUCGGUGCCCAUUCGCUUCGGUCUGACAGUCGCCUGUCUCAUCCUCACAGGGGGCCAGCUAACCGGCGCCAGCAUGAAUCCCACCAGGUCCCUGGGUCCUGCUGUGUGGAACGAUUCGUGGCAGCACCAUUGGAUCUAUUGGGUGGGUCCACUCGUGGCUGGCGCUGUCACCUCGCUCAUCUACCGAUUCGCCUUCAAGGAUGACGAGGUGAUCGAGCUACGCAACUCGAAUGCCAAAAUUCGGGUGAUCGAGGAGGUGGCACUGCCCUAAGUUGUUGCCUGUUGCCUGUCGCUAGCUCUAGUUUUAGAAUUUUAAGUGUUUCCAAUAAAGGGAAUUAAUCGU